UAUACCCAUCCGCUGCUGCGACUUCCAUCCACUCUCCAACGAGCCCUCUCUAAGAAGUAUCCCCUCUGAACGGCAUCUCUGAACAACCAGUCAAAGAUGGCGGCCCGGGUCGUUAUAUUUUUCAAGACCAUGCAGGCAGCUCGCUGCCCCACAGACGAGCUGUCACUCACCAACUGUGCUGUGGUGAGCGAGAAAGAUCUGCAGUCAGGACAACAUGUGACCGUAAAGACCACCCCCAACCACAAGUUUGUGUUCACGGUCAAGAGCCACACCACUGUGGUCCCUGGGACGAUCGCCUUCAGUCUGCCUCAGAGGAAGUGGGCGGGUCUAUCCAUUGGCCAGGAAGUUGAAGUCGCCAACUACAACUUCGACAAGUGCAAGCAGUGCAUCGGGUCCAUGACGGUGGAGAUCGACUUCCUGCAGAAGAAGAGCACCGACUCCUCGGCCUACGACUCCGACAAGAUGGCCGCCGAGUUCAUCCAGCAGUUCAACAACCAGGGCUUCUCCGUCACACAGCAGCUGGUGUUCAGCUUCUGCGACAAGCUGUUCGGUCUGGUCAUCAAGGACAUCGAGGCCAUGGACUCCAGCAUCCUGAAGGGGGAGAUGCCAACUGGCAAGAAGCAGAAGAUCGACGUGGGGCUGAUGGUGGGCAACAGCCAGGUGGUGUUUGAGAAGGCGGAGACUUCCUCCCUCACCCUGGUCGGCAAGGCCAAGACCAAGGAGGCCCGGCAGACCAUCAUCAACCCCGAGUGGAACUUUGAGAAGAUGGGCAUCGGUGGUCUGGACAGGGAGUUCUCAGACAUCUUCCGUCGGGCCUUCGCCUCCCGCGUCUUCCCCCCCGACAUCGUGGAGCAGAUGGGUUGUAAGCACGUGAAGGGCAUCAUGCUGUUCGGACCCCCGGGUUGCGGUAAGACCCUGAUGGCCCGGCAGAUCGGUAAGAUGCUGAACGCCCGCGAGCCCAAGAUCGUCAACGGCCCCGAGAUCCUCAACAAGUACGUGGGCGAGUCGGAGGCCAACAUCAGGAAGCUGUUUGCCGACGCCGAGGACGAGCAGAAGAGGCUCGGAGCCAACAGCGGCCUCCACAUCAUCAUCUUUGACGAGCUGGACGCCAUCUGCAAGCAGAGAGGCACGGGCGCCAGCAGCACGGGCGUGCACGACACGGUGGUCAACCAGCUGCUGUCCAAGAUCGACGGCGUGGAGCAGCUCAACAACAUCCUGGUCAUCGGUAUGACCAACAGGCCUGAUCUAAUAGACGAUGCCCUGAUGAGACCUGGCCGGUUUGAGGUCAAGAUGGAGAUCGGCCUGCCCGAUGAGAAGGGCCGUGUUCAGAUCCUCACCAUCCACACCAAUAAGAUGCGAGGCUUCGGCCUGCUCUCCGGGGACGUGGACAUCCCCGAGCUGGCCGCCGAGACCAAGAACUACAGCGGCGCAGAGCUGGAGGGGCUGGUCCGGGCCGCGCAGUCCACCGCCAUGAACCGCCACAUCAAGGCUACGUCCACGGUGGAGGUGGACAUGGAGCGGGCGGAGAAGCUGCAGGUCAGCAGGUCUGACUUCAUGGGAUCCCUCAACAACGACAUCAAGCCGGCGUUCGGCACCAACCAGGAGGACUACGCCAGCUACAUCAUGAACGGCAUCAUCAAGUGGGGCGACCCCGUCACCUCGGUGCUGGACGACGGCGAGCUGCUGGUGCAGCAGACCAAGAACAGCGACCGCACGCCCCUUGUGUCCGUGCUGCUGGAGGGCCCCCCCCACAGCGGUAAGACCGCCCUGGCAGCUCAGAUCGCUGAGGACUCAGAGUUCCCCUUCAUCAAGAUCUGCUCCCCGGACAAGAUGAUCGGCCACUCGGAGAUCUCCAAGUGCCAGGCCAUCAAGAAGGUGUUUGACGACGCCUACAAGUCCCAGCUGAGCUGCGUGGUGGUGGACGACAUCGAGCGCCUGCUGGACUACGUGCCGAUCGGCCCGCGCUUCUCCAACCUGGUGCUGCAGGCCCUGCUGGUGCUGCUGAAGAAGCCCCCCCCCAAGGGCAGGAAGCUGCUGAUCAUUGGGACCACCAGCAGGAAGGACAUCCUUCAGGAGAUGGAGAUGCUGGACGCCUUCAGCACCACCAUCCACAUCCAGAACAUCUCUACCGGCGAGCAGCUGGUCGACGCCCUGGAGCUGCUGGGCAGCUUCACAGAGAAGGAGCGAGCCAGCAUCGGACACCAGCUGAAGGGGAAGCGAGUGUGGAUCGGCAUUAAGAAGCUGCUGAUGUUCAUCGAGAUGUCCCUGCAGAUGGCCCAGGAUUACCGAGUGACCAAGUUCCUGACGCUGCUCAGAGAUGAGGGCUCGCUGAUUGAAGGCGAUCAGAUCCGAAUAUAGGCGGUGUGUCACUGUCCACUGCGGCCGGGCCUGCUACGAGUAGAGAGUAGAGGAGGAGGAGGAGGAGGAGGAGGAGGAGGAGGGCUCCGAUGGGACCGACCGUCCAAGCGCGACGUGCGAGGAAGGGAAAGGAGCGACCUUUCCGCCCACCCGGCCCACCGCGGCCCAGGGAUCCACGCACACGCCUCCACCCUCCACCUGUGGGCCCGCCGGGGGUCAGAGGGCGGAGAAGCAGCGGCCUGACUUCCUAUUAGCAUGUUAUGAGCAUCCAGUCCCAGCCAAGACCAACCCGCCCCGCCUCCUCGUCUCCAUGCCGACAGAUUGACAGCCCAAAUUGACAUAUCACUGAAACCUGUUGAGAAUUGUGCUUUUACUGUUUAAGAACAUCAUGUAUAAUAUAUCUAUCGAUAUAUCUAUCGAUAUAUAUAUAUGGAUAGAUACAUACUGAUAUUUGAAAAAGGAUAUCACAAAAAAGGUUAAAUAAAGUGCUGUCUUGUGCGUUGUGCAUUGAAAAUAAAUAGUAGCCAUGUAUGUUUUUAGCUUCCCGUAUUUGUUGUAGCAUAUAUCUCUUGUGCCCGCCGCGAGUUAGAGUUUGGUCAAUAUGUUCAUGCUCUUAUGCAACCUUAGCCAGGCCAUAGGGUUUAUACGUGGUAUACUGAUGACUGGAAACCUCAAACCCGCUCACAUUUCCACCUCUCAACCCCGCCGGAGUCGGACGUGAAGUGUGUCGGGACAAAAAUAUACAUAAAAACGAAAUGUUGUUUUAACGUGUAAAUGUAAACCCUUUAAAUGUAUUUAAGAAAACAAUUCUUGUUUGUAUAUAGUAUAUAAAUAUAUAUAUUAAAAAUACAGUGUAUAAAACAAAGUGAUUCAAAAAAUGGAAAGACAAUUGAGUACCUAGGACAUAUUUCGGUGUGAUGCUCCUACCGGUCGCUUCGAGGGACGUUGAGUCUGCUGUUCCAGAGUACCUUGUGGAUUACUGAAGGUUGUCUGUGGCGUGCAGUGCAGUGCUAGGUAAAGUGAGGCAUCUUCAGUGUUUAGAUUCAAUUAAACAACACACACCUUUCCAGCACUUAUCGUGUGAAAAUGUUUUUUUUUUUUUUUACACGUGAUAGAUAUUCUUGUGCGAAAUAUUUAUUUGAAUCCAUGUUUCUCGAAGUGUAAGUGUGUGUGCGUGUGUGGCUGCGUGUAUGUGUGUGUGCAUGCGUGUAUUUUUCCCUAUAUGUAAGCUUCAGCAUGCGACUGUGUUGAGGGGAGUGUGUGUGUGUAAGUACAUUUCGGUUUUAUUCAGUUCAGCGUGACUAACGUGUGUUCUUUUCCUGCCCAUGUCAGUGGUCCGUGCUUAUUGUCCAACCGACGCUCUUUUUUUGUGUUCCAAACCCCUAACGAUUUAUGUGUGUGUGGGUGUAUUAUCAUGCAAGAUGUAUUAUUGCAAUAAAAUCACAGAUGCACAGGUAA